CUAAAGCGGCCACCGAGCCCAUGGGGAAAGGGGGCGAGAAGGGCGAGGAGGCGGCGGAGCGCGAGGUGCCGCCAGCGCCGCCGCGGCGCUUCUACACCUGGGAGGAGAUCCAGAAGCACACGGCGCGCACGGACAAGUGGCUGGUCAUCGAGCGCAAGGUGUACAACAUCACGCAGUGGGCGAGCCGGCACCCCGGCGGCCAGCGUGUCCUCAGCCACUGCGCCGGCGAGGAUGCCACGGAUGCAUUCCAAGCCUUUCAUAUCAAUCCCACCUUGGUGCGGAAGUUUCUCAAGCCGUUGCUCAUUGGAGAGCUCGCUCCAGGGGAACCCAGCGAGGACCGAGACAAGAACUCCCGGCUGGUGGAAGAUUUCCGGACCUUGAGGAAGACAGCGGAGGAUAUGAACUUAUUCAGAGCAAGUCCUUGGUUCUUCUCCCUUUACCUUGGCCAUAUCCUUGCAAUGGAAGCUUUGGCUUGGUUAACAGUCUCAUACUUGGGUACUGGCUGGAUCGCAACUCUCAUCCUUGCCUGCAUCCUUACGACUUCCCAGGCGCAGGCCGGGUGGCUGCAACAUGACUUUGGACACCUUUCCGUCUUUAAGAAGUCUGUGUGGAACCACAUACUCCACAAGUUUGUGAUUGGGCACCUGAAGGGUGCCUCGGCGAACUGGUGGAACCACCGCCACUUCCAACACCAUGCCAAGCCCAACAUCUUCAAGAAAGACCCAGACGUGAACAUGCUGCAUGUCUUCGUCCUCGGAGAUUCGCAGCCUGUUGAGUAUGGCAAGAAGAAGCUGAAGUACCUGCCGUACAACCAUCAGCACGAGUACUUCUUCCUCAUCUUCCCACCUCUGCUCAUCCCCGUGUAUUUCCAAAUCCAAAUCAUCUCGACCAUGAUCAGGCACAGGUUCUGGGCGGACCUGGCCUGGGCUGCUAGUUACUACAUGCGCUACUUCAUCACGUACAUCCCAUUCUAUGGCGUUCUGGGAUCCCUGUGUCUCCUCACUUUUGUCAGGUUCCUGGAGAGUCACUGGUUUGUGUGGGUCACCCAGAUGAACCACAUCCCAAUGGAAAUCGAUAGCGAGAAGCACAGGGAUUGGCUGAGUUCUCAGCUCGCAGCCACUUGCAAUAUUGAGCAGUCCUUCUUCAAUGACUGGUUCACCGGGCACCUGAACUUCCAAAUUGAGCACCACUUGUUCCCAACGAUGCCACGACACAAUUUCUGGAAGAUUAAACCUUUGGUGAAAUCGUUAUGUGCUAAGUAUGGAGUCCAGUAUGAAGAGAAGCCUCUUGGAAAAGCAUUCGUAGACAUCGUUGGGUCCCUCAAGAAAUCCGGAGACCUCUGGCUGGAUGCUUAUCUCCAUAAGUGAUUUUGCAUCUUAAUGGGGAGCAGUGAGUGCCAGGGAGGGAUGGGGGUGGGAAGGGGUAAUCACGUGCGUGUCUUUUCCUAUCAGAACUUGGUCUGUAUCCAUGUGCACCAUUUGAGGGGAGGUCCCUGUCUUAGGAACUGUUACUGGGAUGGGCUCAGACAACCCAUUUAAUCCAGACAGAUUGAGGAAAAAAUUGCAUUUUUGGUUCCCCUUCAGACAAUGAAACAUAACAUCCUGAUUGCACAAAAAAAAAAA